AUGGCUUUGCAUCCGCACGAGUUUAGAGGAUUUUCUACUUGUUAUGUGCUGGAUUUAUUUUCGAAUUCAAUUUCCUAUUUACCCGCGAACGUGUUUGUAAACCAGAGAAACCUCGAAUAUCUGGGUUUGUCCGCGAAUUCUCUUAUCAAGUUAUCUGGUGGACUGUUCGCCAGCUUAAUAAGACUGAAAAUCUUGGAUUUGUCAUCAAAUGCUUUAAAGUCAUUACCGAGAAAAGUGUUUGCCAGCUUAAGAAACUUAGAAAAGCUGAAUUUGUCCUCAAACGCUUUAAUGUCUUUACAUAACACGACUUUUGCUAACGCAAAAAGCUUGCAGACUUUUGAAAAGGGAAGAUGCUUGAAGAAGGCUGUAAACAUUGGAAACUGUUAUUGCACUCACUUUGGUAUCUGA